AUGCCCAACCACUUGGGUCCAUUCCCCGUUACUCGAAGUGAGGUAUUUAGGAGCAAGAAGGACAGCACCUUUGAGAUCGAUUUGGGCCAAGGUCAACAGAUUGUUGUCAAAACCCGAAAAGAUUGGGUCACAGUGAAGAUGAUCAAAAUGAAGCAAAGGGGAUUCAAGAACUCUCGAGGAAUGAUGGGCGACUUUACAACGGGUGCCAUGCUGGCCCGAGAUGGCAAGACAGUUCUCAAAGACCCCAAUGCAUUUGGACAAGAGUGGCAGGUUCGUCAGGAUGAUCCACAGCUCUUUGGAACAGUACUCAGCCCACAGUACCCUGAACAAUGUAUCAUGCCAUCAUUGCCCAGCAGCACUGGUCGUCGCCUGGGCGAGUCCAGUGUCUCUGAGGAUGAAGCCAAAUUGGCAUGCGGAAGCUUGCAAGGGCAAAGCUAUGCCAACUGCGUGUUCGAUGUGGUCCAUUCUGGAGAUUUGGAAAUAGCAGAAUUCUACGAGCAAUUCUAG